AUUAUUUAGGCCGUCCUCUCCGAAUACUCAUUCGCUCCCCCCGCUUAACGUAUCCGAUCUCUCUGAGCCUGCGCUGUAAAGGGAAGAGAAAUGGCGUUGAGUGGUUGUUGGUUUCGCUGUCUGAGUCGGGGUGUAGGGAAAAGACUGCAGUUGGUAGGGAGCUCGGACAAAUAUGUCCGGGCUGCCUCCAGUAUUUCUAAGGAUAUGCUGCCAGGUCCAUAUCCCAGAACGCCAGAGGAAAGAGCACAAGCAGCAAAAAAAUACAAUAUGAGGGUGGAAGAUUAUGAACCAUAUCCUGAUGAUGGAAUGGGAUUUGGGGACUAUCCAAAACUACCAGACCGGUCGCAACAAGAGCGAGAUCCUUGGUACACAUGGGAUGAGCCCGACCUGCGAAGAAACUGGGGUGAACCGAUGCACUGGGAUUUUGACAUGUUCAUUAGAAAUCGUGUGGACACCUCUCCAGGACCUGUGGACUGGAAUACUAUGGUCAAAACAUUGGGUGGCUUUGUAGGCUUUAUGCUGUUCAUGUUCUUCCUCGGGGAGUUAUUCCCUUCAUAUCAGCCUGUGGCUCCUAAACAGUAUCCAUACAAUAACCUGUACCUGGAGAAUGGAGGAGCACCUGACAAAGAAAUGCCCGAAGUGCCCAAUUAUAAAAUAUGACCAGUCUUCUUUGUCUGUUUGUCAGACAGUAUUCAUCUUGGAAUGGUCUCUUAUUCUGUACAGUUAAGAAUGUAAUAAAUGUAUGAAUAUUAA